UGUAAACAAAUUGAAAGCGGAACAAAGUGGUUUAGCAAAGAAACCCGUGCCGGCUAUUUUUUUUCAAAGUUAACGCACAAGAACUAGUGAUGAUUCCCUUCUUCCCUCCUUUGCAGCCAUCGUCGGCAUACGAUUUUUGGUUUUCCGUCGAAGAGUCAUACGAUGACGAUGCGGAAGUGAACACGAUGGAAACGGAGCAUCAGGACUGGCUCAACCGAAUAACUCUCAUCGGAAGCGAUUUGACGCCCAUCGGUAAAAACCUUGUCGAACACAUGGAAAAUAUGGAUACCGAAGACGAGGACGCCAACGAUGAAAGUGAUGAUUCGGAUAACUCGGACGAGGACGAUGACGACAUGGAUGAUAUCAACACCAACCGCGAUACGCUUCCGGAUCGGAUCCCCGGUGUGCAGGGCUACAUCGAGGACGAACUGCAAGCUAACGUAACGUUGUAGAAACAUGUUCUGAAGACUAAACCAAAGGCUUCCCGGCUUUGUUGUGCUUUGAGCGGGAACCAUACGUUUAAAGGAAAGGACAGUUCGGAGGAGAAAGCUGUAGGUUGUACGUUUUAUAGGUAAAUUUAACUGCUUGCCGUUAAGAUUGAGAUUCGGAAAAGCGUGUUUAAGGAACAGUACUAUUUUUGUGUGCCCUUAGCAAUUUCAACUCCAUUCACCAAUGUUCCCAUUUAACCGUUGUAGUCCUUCAAUACAUUCAACACGUUAAAAAAGCGCAUGGUAAAAAAUUGAACUAAGGAUAAUUUGAGCGAUCUUUUCUUUAAAAUUGACUCCAUAUUGGUUGCAUGUACCAUGCUCAGGGGAAACCAAGUUAAAAGGACAAACGCCUGUUCGCAAACAAUACAUUAGUUAACAUGAAUGCUAACAGUGAUAGAAAAAACAAAACUUGGUUCGAACGAACCGUUUCAUAA